AUGUGAUCCACUUUGUAACCAAUGAGCAGCCGAGAAGAAGGUAAGGGCAGGAAAAAAAUACUACCAUUUUAGGGGAGGAUGUAAGCCACUAUACCAGCCCAUCUAACGUUUUACAGUCGCACUUAAGUGUAUUUUUAUUGAAAUAAUAAAAUAAACAUGUCGCUAACGAAUUAUUAUUCCAUGAUGGGGCUCCAGACAGAGGAGCCGUACGGUGCACAUUUCAUCCCGGGAGGCUUGCAGGGCUCGGCGGCCGGCUGCGCAAAGCCAAGCCGGGGAGCGGAGGAAGAAGAGGGGACCCCCGGCUCACACAUCCCGGAUUUUUCACAUUUUUCCACCAAACAAUCCAGCUUAAACGGCUUUUCUCCUUGGACAAACACGUCUACUACCUCGCCAUCCUCUCCUCCGCAGCUGCAGUCCACCCCCGGCGCCCCCAUCCCCGGCCUUUUCCAUCCACAUCACCUCCUGAGCCACCACCACCACCACCCGUACUACGGCCCGCAGACGCAGACCCACGCCGAACACCUCGCAUCCUCGGCCGCUACCGAGAGCAGAUUCGUCCGCUGUUGGGAAGGGGCGACUCCCAGCUCCGAGUCCUCUCUGUCCCACGCGUCGGCCGCUUUUCCCGGGGGUCUCCCCGCUCAGAGUGACCUCUCCAAUCCGAGCCCGAGGUUCGAGGCGGUCAAACCCGAGAACUCACCGCCGCCACACGACAGCCCCGCGGAAAACAGCUUCGCCAGCCCGACCGAGGUGGUCCUCGAGCGGCUUGGCAGCGCGGAGGAGCUGGGAAGGAAGCCGGAGCCCAAAAAGGAAGACGAGGAGAGAAAAACACAGCUUGACCCGGAAAAUCCAUCAGCUAGUUGGAUCCACGCCAAAUCCACCCGCAAGAAAAGGUGCCCAUACACCAAACACCAGACCCUGGAGCUGGAGAAAGAGUUCCUCUACAACAUGUACCUGACCAGGGAUCGGCGCCUGGAGGUGGCAGGACUAUUAAAUUUGACAGAGAGACAGGUCAAAAUCUGGUUCCAGAACAGGCGGAUGAAGAUGAAGAAGCUGAUGACCCGGGAGAGGAGGAGCAUGAAUGAAUGAGGCUCUGCAGUUUUUUUCUGCAGUUAAGGCUCAGAGCUCCAAGAUGCCCAACAUCUGUAACCUCAGCCGGCAUGAUCGGCUCUCCGUGGACUGCGGCGCUAACAUGGCUGCCUUGGAAAACUGCAGUGGUGAAGCUCUGCAGGGGACACCAGGAUGUGUUGUAGCGUUUUCUUUUUGAAAAAAUAUUCCUAUCAACGUCUUUUGGCCUUUUCAUGUUAGACCUUCUGAACCACGGUGUAAAAUUCUUCCAUCUGCAUGCUACCAAAAUGAAGAACCUGUAUAGUUGUAAAUAAAGCCCAGAAUAAAACAUUUACAGGGACAUCCAUGAGUUAAUUAAAAAACAUUCUAGAUGAUAUGAAAGACUUUAAAACACAUCUGUUUUUGAUAAGGUUGCAUAUUUCACAUGUCCAAAAGUGAAACUACUUGGCACAUGAAGUACUUGACUUCACAUAAACUAUCCGCGCUUUCUGCCAAAAUGCAAACUGUGUUUUAUGAUUUAAUGCUAAAACUAUUGUCCUCAUAAAAACGACUUUCAGUGUGCCAGACGAGGCUGCGCUGCGAGGCAACUAUCAAAGAUGUAUCCCAUGAGUCAUGUUGAGUCUGAGCAGCGGUCUGUUGUGGCCUGAAAAACAGCCUCAGAGUGUUCAUUCAAAAUGAAAAUGAAAUACUUGUGGAAAUGAAGCAAACAGAAGCCUGACACUUAAACUAAUCGCCUAACAGAGACAAGAACAGGAAUUGUGUUCUUUACUGAUCUGUUUGUUGGCUUUAGUUUGGUGUCUGUUACAUUCUUGGUUUGUAGUGCUUAUAUUUUAAGUCCAGUUCACCCAAGAUACUGUUUUCACGUGUGAACUAUAUGAGAACCACAUGUGAAAUCCAACAAUGUGAAAUGUGCCUGAAUGUGAAUAUUUAACACGUGAAAUGUAUUGAUUAGUAUCUGAAAUGUGUUCCAGAAUGAACAAAUUCACAUGUGCUCCUUUGCAAGAGAAAGUUUCUUCUUAACCUGAAACUACAUCACGUGACUUUACUGU